AUGAAGAUUUAUCAAAAUUCUUUUUUUUUCUUCCUCGAACUUAACAAUCUGAUCCUCCUAGUUCUACCUCACAACCUAUUCUUUUCACGAAAAUUCAUCAAAUUCUUUCUCUUUCAACCAUUAAACUUAACAAUUUGUUCCUUCUACCUCACCACCUCUUCCCAUGGAGGAGAGGGUCCCUCCUGCAAAGGGCGAAUCGCCAACAAAAUCAGAGGGACCCUCUUAUAGCUUAGGGACCUCUUCCUAUUUCCCAACGGAAGAAACAUAUAAUUCUCGUGCUUCCGGCUGCGAGACUCCACCCAAAUCAGAAUCAAAUUCCCGUUUAAGUACUUCUCUGUCUCUUCCAAUAGAAGAGAUCCAUAAGGUUACUCCUCAAAGUGAAUCACCAACUAGAACCGGUACAACUGAUGCUAUUGAUUAUCUUGUUCAGGUAUCCAAAGAUUCAGUUUACAAUGUUCCGUCCCAAGAAAAUUCCUCACUCCUCCAAAGUUACCUCAAGUCCCGUAGACACGACGAUCCGUACUGUUCAUUUACUAAUGUUAUCGGUGCCUUCCUCACUCUUCUAUUACUUGGGUUGGUCAUGGUUAUACUAAUUUUCUAUUAUUUUCUAUUACCCAACAAGCCAACAUUCUUCAUCGAUCGAUUCAUUGUCUACUAUAUGAAUGACACUCGUGGUAAUUAUUUUCCCCAGUACGAUUUUACAUUGGAAGCAAAAAAACGAAGCGCUGCAGUAGGUGUUAUUUAUGAUGUGGGGGAGCAUGCGUUUCUCUCAUUUCAACAACAAAAAAUUGCUACUAAAAAUCCUCCGCUAUUGGAUCAAGAUGUUAAAGAAAGUACAAAACUUCGGAUAGUUCUUCCAGGUUCGGAUUCUGUUGUGCCUCUUGAUUUACUUAAGAGACUAAAAAUUCGAGCGACGAUACCUUUAUCUCUUUCGAUUGAUCUUCAUGUGAAAAUGAAAUUUGGGGUUCUGAAAUCAUGGGGUACCGACAUGAAUAUAUUUUGCACUUUUAAGGUUAAUUCAUUUGCAAAAGAUACGCGGAUCCUCUCUCAAAAAUGUCAUGUUACGGUCUGAAGCAGUAGUGGUGAUCAUUUUAGCGGCAAAUUUUGUUUUUCUUUCAUUUACAAAUUUUUCCCCACAAAGAACUUAAAUAGAUUGUAUUUACCCA